AGCCUUAUCUAACGGAAGUGGUGCCUAAGGCUUUACUCCACGCUGGGUUCCCUACCUGGCGGGUGGCAUGGCUGAACCGGCAAGUGGUUUUGUGACUCCCACCGGGUGGUUUCCAGCUCCAGAGCUGACUCCCACGUUGGGGCCUCUGAGCGACCAAGCCUCGGCCUCGGAAAACUGGAUGUACUGGGCGAUGCUGCCGCCUCCCCCACCCCCUUCCUCGCUUCCCGCAGCAGAAUCCAAGCCUUCCUCGGAGGCGCAGCCCCCGGCGGAGGCCCAGGCUCUUCCUGAGGCGCCUCCCCCUUUCGACGCUCAGAUUCUUCCUGGGGCGCAGCCCCCCUUCCACGCCCAGUCCGCCCUUGAGUCUCAGCCUCAAUUCGAUGGCCAGCCCUACUGGAAUUACCAGGCUUCGACUUCAUGGUACUGGACGCAGUCUCCUGGUAUUUUUCCUCAGUAUCAGAACUCCCACAACACUCCAGUUAAACCUUCUUAUUUUCCACGAAAACACGAUGCAAAAGUCAAUGACUCCAACUUCUCUCCCAGGAGAAAACAGAAAAAAAGGAAAAGGAAGGAACCAGUUUUUCACUAUUUUUGUGAUACCUGUGAUCGUGGUUUUAAAAAUCAAGAAAAGUAUGAUAAACAUAUGUCUGAACAUACAAAAUGCCCUGAAGUAGAUUGCUCUUUUAGUGCACAUGAGAAGAUUGUUCAGUUCCACUGGAGAAAUAUGCAUGCUCCUGGUGUGAAGAAAAUCAAAUUAGACACUCCAGAGGAGAUUGCACGAUGGAGGGAAGAAAGAAGGAAAAACUACCCAACUCUGGCUAAUAUCGAAAGGAAGAAAAAGUUAAAACUUGAAAAGGAAAAGAGUGGAGCAGUGUUGACAACAACGCAAUAUGGCAAGAUGAAGGGUAUGGCCAGACAUUCACAGAUGGCAAAGAUCAGAAGUCCUGGCAAACAUCACAGAUGGAAAAAUGGCCAUCCUGACCAGAGAGCAGCCACUGGGUCAGGCAAUCACUUGUGUGAUUCAAAGCCCGAAGGUCCACCUGAGGCAAAUUCAGACCCUCUCGGUGUUUUGGUAAACAGUGAUUCUGAGUCUGAUAAAGAGGAGAAACCACAAAGUACUGUCAUACCCAAGGAAGUGACACCAGCCCUGUGCUCCCUCAUGAGCAGCUAUGGCAGCCUCUCGGGGUCAGAGAGUGAGCCAGAAGAAGCUCCCAUCAAGACUGAAGCAGACGUUCUGGCAGAAGACCAGGUUCUUCAUAGCAAUACUCCCGAGAAACCAAGUCAAGAUGUUAAAGCAACUGUUAGAAAUUUCUCAGAAGCCAAAUAUGAGCGCCAAAAGAAAAAUUUUAAAAAGACAGAUCCUAAGAAGAAAAAAAAUCAUCACAACUAUCAAACAUUAUUUGAACCAAGAACACACCAUCCAUAUCUCCUGGAGAUGCUUUUAGCUCCGGACAUUCGACAUGAAAGAAAUGUAAUUUUGCAGUGUGUUCGGUAUAUCAUCAAAAAAGACUUUUUUGGACUUAAUACUACUUCUGCGAAAACUAAAGAUGAAUAGGUGUCUGACGUUUUAGCACAGAUAACUGAAGCAUGUAAAAUAGUAACCUCCUCAACUCUGUGGAGGAGAACUUUUUUUUUUAAACUGGAUUAGUAAUGAAAUUGUAAGCCUCAUGGUAAUUAUGUCAGAUUUUCAAGUCUUUGCUUUGACUCUAUACAAAUAAAUAUAUAACUGAUUUUUAAGAC